AAAGGGGACACUAGAUGACGCUGCGCUACUCUCUAUUUUUCAUGAUACUUGGCCAGACCCCCGAAGUGAAUGAGUGAGAGAGAGCGAGAGAAAAGAGAGAGAGAGAGAGAGAGAGAGAGAGAGAGCACUGACGUUGACCAAAGAACCUACUCCCCGACUCUCAUUGUGUGAGCUGAAGGUUCACCGACUAUUCUUCACGUACUCACGAACUGUAGCUUGGUUAACAAAGCAGAAAGGAAGAGAGGCUUCCGUUAGCACGAAGCCCAGCCACCUCGUCCGUGCGGAUGUUGCAGUGACGGCAGAGCAUCCUCCCAGCACUCAGCCGGCAUCGUCAGCUGUUGCGCCCGCAGAGUGAGCAGACAUGUCGAGAGCAAAAGCGGCGUUGACAAAUUAUGCCACGGAUCUUUAGACGAUAACCUUUAACCACGAGUCAGUCGGAGAGCGGAUGCAACUAGAAACUCCCAACGACCCUCUGAGUAUUUUCCGCCCUUUGUGCCAAUGGAGAAAGCAACUCCACCGCCCCAGCCUCAGGUGCAGCUGUCAAUAGCCAAGACCGACAGUCCGGCGGACGACAUCUCCGGCUUGUCCGAUGAGGAACUGCUCAAAUGGACCAAGGAGGACCUGGUGAGGCGGCUGAGACGCUCCGAGGCCGACAAGAUGAGCGUGAUUCUGGACCACGGAAAUCUCAUCCGAGAGGUCAACCGCAGUUUACAGUUGCACUUGAACGAGAUCAGGGGGCUGAAGGACAUCAAUCAGAAACUGCAGGAAGACAACCGUGAACUGCGAGACUUGUGCUGCUUCCUGGACGAUGACCGCCAAAAAGGAAAGCGUGUUUCCAGGGAGUGGCAGCGUCUGGGCCGUUACAGCUCAAGCAUUAUGCGCAAAGAGGUGACCCUCUAUCUCCAAAAACUCAAGGAAUUAGAGUUUCGACAGGAGGAGGUCAUCCGUGAGAACUUGGAGCUGAAAGAGCUCUGUCUCCUCCUGGAUGAGGACAAAGGAAUAGUAAGUGGAGGUGGAGGAACUGGCGGGAGUGUUGGAAUGGGCGUGGGGUCCCGAAACUCCAUAGACAGCCAGAACAGUUUGCUGCUGGUUCCUGGGCAGGGGCUCCUAAUGAGGGAUGUUGGGGAUGGGAGCAGCACCUCUAGCGCAGGGAGUGCUGACAGCUCAGAUCACCAUCAGCAUAAGCAAACUCACCUGACUGUCGGAGUGGGCGGUGUUGGAAAUGGCAGGGAAAAAGGGAGUCCUGAGCUGGCGCAUAAACCUAGAUGUAGCAGCAUCAGUGCCAUAGGAGGAGGAAUAGCAGACAGGGAGGCGUCAAGCCCCGAACACCCGGCCGGGCGCAACCGGAGUACAAGUUUGGAGUACCCGUACACUUUGCCCCAACUCUGUCGACCACGUUGCGGUUCCAUAUCAGUGCCUGACCACAGCCGGGUCAUGCGAGGCUUGAGCCCAGAGAAAUAUGGAAGGAACGUGGGACGAAGUAGUCCAGAGCAGCACCCAAAGCACUACAGCUCUGACCUUCUUUUAGGCCAGAGGCAGCACUACCUGGGCCAGGGUGGCAGCGGCGACCUCUUUCAGAAGCACCACAGGAGCAGUAUUAGCAGUACUGCUUGUGAGAGCCCUGAGCCUCGUCAUGCACAUUUAGGGACAAGUGAGCAUGUUGAAAAAGGUUGUAUAGUUCAAGGGGGCAGUCCUGAGACUCAUAGGCACCAAUACAGUCUGAGUCCUGACCAUGGGAAGUUUGGCAGCCCAAUUAGAGAUGCGCAGAGGAGGUCAGCUGGAGACGAGUUGUCACCACAUCACCGGAGCAUCUACAACGGGAUGAAUGAUCACAAUGUCAUCUGCGAACAUCAUGGUCCAUGGGGAGUCCAGUCUAACCUCAUCUGUCAGCCUAUCCAUCACCACUGCAAAAAGGAAGUGGCUCAGGGCUGAUCCCUGAUGCAGUCCCACCUCGACAUUAAACUCCUCUGUCACACCUAGAGCACACCUCACCACUGUUGUGCUGCCCUCAUACAUGUCCUGUACUAUUCUAACAUAUUUCUCUGGCACUCCAGACUUCCGGAUGCAGUACCACAGUUCCUCUCUGGGUACUCUGUCAUAGGCUUUCUCAAGAUCUACAAAGACACAAUGUAGCUCCUUCUGACCUUCUCUGUACUUCUCCAUCAACACCCUUAAGACAAAUAAUACAUCUGUGGUACUCUUUCUAGGCUUGAAACCAUACAGUUGCUCGCAAAUACUCACUUCUGUCCUGAGUCUAGCCUCCACUACUCUUUCCCAUAACUCAUUGUGUGGCUCAUCAACUUUAUUUCUCUAUAGCUCCUACAGCUCUGCACAUCACUGUUGUUCUUAAAAAUUGGUACCAGCACGCCUUUCCUCCAUUCCUCAGGCAUCUUCUCACCUGCUAGAAUUCUGUUGAACAAGCUGGUCAAAAACCUCGCAGCCACCUCUCCCAGAUGCUUCAAUACCUUCACAGGUAUAUCAUCAGGACCAAUUGCCUUUAUAUUUUUCAUCCCCUUUAGUACUUUUCUAAAUUCCCCCUUACUAAUCAUUGCUACUUCCUAGUCCACCAGACUUUCCUCUUCUACUCUUCCUUCUCUCUCGUUUUCCUCAUUUAUCAACUCCUCAAAGUAUUCUUUCCCUGUCUAGCCACACGCUCCCCUACUACUACCUUACAGUCAGUAACCUCCUUCAGAUUACAUCGUUUGCGUAAAAUGUUAUUCCACCUGUGCGUCUAUCGGCGCUCUUGUAGGUCACCCUAUGUUCCUGCCUCUCCUGGAAGAUAGUGUUCACUACAGCCAUUUCCAUCUUUUUUUGCAAAGUCUACCACCAUCUGUUCCUCCAAGUUCCUUUCCUGGAUGCCAAACAUCACUUCUUCAUCCCCUGUUUCCUUCACCAACAUUUCCAUUACAGUCUGCACCAAUCAUGACUCUCUCUGUCUGGGAUGCUCAGUACUACUUUGUCUUGCUCCUUCCAGAAUUUCUCUUUCACCUCUAGGUCACAUCCUUCCUAUGGGGCAUAGCCACUAAUUACAUUACACAUAACACCCUCAAUUUUAAGUUUCAGCCUCAUCACUCGAUCUGACACUAUUUUCAACUCCAAGACAUUCUUAGCUAACUCUUCAUUGAAAAUAACCUCUACUCCUUUUCUUUACACCAUAGUAAAUUUAUUGAACCCUGCCACUAAGCUUCUCGCCUUACUGCCUUUCCACCUGCUCUCCUGGACACACAAUAUACCAACUUUCUCGUAAUCAUCAUGUCAACCAACUCCUGAGCUUUUCCUGUCAUAGUCCCAACAUUCAAAAGUCCCCAAAUUCAGUUUUAGACUCUGUGCUUUUCUCCUCUCUUUCUGCCUAAGAACCUGCUUUCGACCUCUUUUUCGUCUUCGAAACACCCCCUAUUACUACAUUAUUAUAGUAUGUUUUAUAUUUGUGCAACAGGUGCAUGAUUCCAUGCUGCCCGCACCUAAUUUAACCUGAAGAUCAUUGCAAGGUUAAAUUCGUGAUAUUUCUAUACAUUGUUAUGUAGCCAAGUGCAUUUAAACUUAACAUAAAUACUAAAACAAUGCAUUCCGGUUUCCUCCCACAUCCCAAAAACAUGCGUGGUAGGUUGAUUGAAGACUCUAAAUUGCCCGAAGGUGUGAAUGUGAGUGUGAAUGGUUAUUUUUUUAUGUGUGCCCUGCGAUUGGCUGGCAAUCAGUUUAGGGUGUACCCCGCCUCCUGCCCGAAGAUAGCUGGGAUAGGCUCCAAUACUCCCGCGACCCUAGUGAGGGUAAGCGGCUCAGAAAAUGGAUGGAUGGAUGGAUGGAUGUAGUAGAGUAUGCACUCUUCACCUUCCCCAUGGCAAGCCCUGUUGAUGUUUGAUUCAUUACCAUCGAGUUGUGUCGGUUGCUCACAUAUUAAAAUCGGAAAACAGUAGUUUAUCUUGCAAAGGUUUGCUUAAAUAUUCUGCCAAUACAGUAUAACUGACAACAUAGACACGUAGAAGUUGGUUGUAAAUGUAGAGCUUGAAAACACAUGUGAUUAUGCAGGCUUUUGUGAUGCUUCUCUUGAUAAAUCUCACAAAGUAUUUAAUUUUCAUGUCCAGUUUGCUUCAUGUCUUGUUAAAGAAUACAUCUUAUAGAGGUAUAUCAUAAAGGACACACAUACUGCAUUACAAGCAUCGCAACUAAUUGUAGAUAUUAUUCACACCAAACUAUAAACCACAUUAAAAUGGUUAGAAUAUUUUGUGUAAAAGAGUGGACACAGUUGCAAAAUAAGGUGUUGUCUUUUAAGAUGGGUGUAUGUUUGCAUGCUUCCAUAAAAACACAAAGGCAAAAGAACCACACAAGCAAAACAUACACAGUGUUCUCAGGCUUGAUCAGCCAACAGGGCUCCAAUUAUCCAGCUCUACUUCAGUGAGCUUCAUGCUCUUCUCUCAACAGUCUACAUUUUCCUCACAGUGAGACAACACAGAAAAGUAAACACUAUUAUAAGAGGAUAAUGUUCUUUUGAUUUUGUGUGACAAAUAUUUCCAUUUAGUUGAAUUAGC